GUUAUUUCUCAUCAUUUUCUGCCCUUUCUUAUUUACCCUCCAUUCCCCAAGUCCAAAGUCCAAACACAACAUCACUAUUCACUCCCCAAAAGUUUUUCCCUCCUAACAUUUUCCUCUCAAUUCACUUCCCUUUCUUCACCAUCAAAAAAGCGUGCAGAAUUCCGAGAGAAAAACCAAUCGGAGAGAAAAUCACAGUAAUACUAAUAGAUACUACUAGAUUCAGAAUUUUAGAUUAUAAUUUAAUCAAUUAUUUAUUUAGAAUUCGAAUAAGUGAUUCUGAUUUCACUUAGAUGAGUGAAAGAGGGAAAAAAGAUAGGAUGAAGAACAUCUUCAAGAAGCUUCAUAUUGGUAGCAGUCAUGAUCCUCAUCGAUCCAAUGAAACUCCGCCACCUGUACCAUCGCCGUCGUGUGCUGCCGAAGAUGUUCAAAGUUCCGGUACUUCUACAGUAACUCCAACUUCCUCGUCGCCGUCUACAGCGCCGGUUCCUGCUGCUUCUUUUGGUGGUGGCGGUGUGUCUGCGGCGGUUAAUCGGCAAGAUUUUUUCUCGUCGGAGGAGGAAUUUCAGGUGCAGCUUGCCCUAGCUAUUAGUGCUUCAAAUUCGGAGUUUCGUAGUGAUGAUCCGGAGAAGGAUCAGAUCCAUGCGGCGACGCUGCUUAGUUUGGGAGGACAUCGGAUUGAUUCGACGGGGAAUAAGGAUGAUGUGGCGGAGGCGCUUUCGAGGCAGUAUUGGGAAUACAAUGUGCUUGACUAUGAGGAGAAAGUAGUAGAUGGUUUUUAUGAUGUAUAUGGACUCUACAAUGACCCGGCAAUGCAAGGAAAGAUGCCAUCUCUAGCAGAUCUUGAAACAAACCCUGGCAGUUCUAGCUUUGAAGUGGUCAUAGUUAAUCGAACAAUUGAUCCUGCCCUCGAAGAGCUGGUGCAAAUAGCACAAUGUAUAUCAUUGGACUGCCCUGUCACCGAGAUUGGUAUUUUGGUACAAAGGCUUGCCGAACUUGUUACAAGCCAUAUGGGCGGCCCUGUAAAGGAUGCUAAUAUUAUAUUAGCAAGAUGGACAGAAAGAAGUACAGAGUUAAGGACAUCUCUUCACACAAGCGUAUUACCGCUUGGGUCCUUAGAUAUUGGGCUCUCUAGGCAUCGUGCUUUACUUUUCAAGAUAUUAGCAGACAACAUUAAGAUGCCUUGUAGACUGGUUAAAGGUAGUCAUUACACUGGUGUUGAGGAUGAUGCUGUCAACAUUAUAAAGUUGGAGGAUGAAAGGGAGUUUUUAGUUGAUCUCAUGGCUGCUCCUGGAACACUCAUCCCAGCUGAUAUUUUAAAUGCAAAGGAUAAUGCCUUUAAGUCUUACAACCCCAAGAUUGUGCCGAGUUUUCCUUCCGCUGAGGAAACUGAGCUUUCUUACUCAAAACCUAUACUAGCAUCUAAUGGUGAAGGUAGUAGUCAGACUUCUGUGAUAAAAGGUAAUGCGCCGCCUUGGAAUGGAAAACCGUAUACCGAGAAGUCUGAGUAUAUGCCUUCAAACUUUGGUUUGAACAGAGACACUGGCGUUGGUCCUUCUAAAAUUCCUAAUAGAGGGAGUCCUAACCAACGGGAAAAUUUGCCACCGUCAUAUGGUAAUUCUUUGUACAAAGGUACUCUUGGAAUGAAUGCAGUUGGUGAUGGGACAAGAUUGAAUGUCAAUGUUGUGCCAUAUCCCCAAAACAACCCCAACGACCCUCAGAACCUUUUUGCAGAACUGAACCCAUUCUUGAUAAAAGGCACUGGGAAGCCUUCUGUGCAUAACAAACCUGUGGAAAAUAAACCUCCUGUGCACGGUACAAAAAACAAAAACGUUUCUGGUAGACCCGUGUCACCACUGAUGUGGAAGAAUCAGCAUGCUUACAACGAAGUCCCCAGGAAAAAUAAUCAUAAUCCUAAUGAAUAUAACCCUCCUUUAUUUGCUCCCAAUAUUCCUUUCAGAUCUGAAAAUACUGAUCUCAGCACUUCCAAUCCAUCAUACAAUUCAAAUAUAAACAAUGAUACUAGUUCUCAAACUUCGGCACAAAUUACUGGUUCAGCCUCACCAGCUGGUGUAGGUGAACUGAACCGGAUUGAGGGUCUCAAUGCUAAUUUUAAAAGGGGUGAUUUGGGAAGUUCUCAAAAUGUCAUGGUUAGCGAACCUGAAAACACUGAACUUAACCAUCAUGACAGGAGGAAGUGCAUAUAUGACAGAUUCAUGGGAAGCAGUUUGGAAUUAAAAGAUUCAGAUAGUCCUAGCUCUUCAAUUGAUUACAUUACAAAUAGGGUCGAUCAAAUAUUGGACGAUGCAGAUGUUGGUGAAUGUGAGAUUCCAUGGGAGGAUCUGGUUAUUGGCGAAAGAAUUGGUCUGGGUUCAUAUGGUGAGGUAUACCGUGCAGACUGGAAUGGCACAGAGGUUGCUGUGAAGAAAUUUUUGGAUCAGGAUUUUUCAGGUGCCGCCUUGUCUGAAUUCAAAAGAGAAGUACGGAUAAUGCGUAGGCUGCGUCAUCCAAACGUUGUUCUUUUUAUGGGUGCUGUCACCCGGCCUCCUAAUCUCUCAAUCAUUUCGGAGUUUCUCCCAAGAGGAAGCUUGUACCGAAUUCUUCAUCGCCCUAAUUGUCAGAUCGACGAGAAACAAAGAAUAAAAAUGGCUCUGGAUGUGGCUAGGGGUAUGAAUUGCUUGCAUGCCAGCACACCUACAAUUGUUCACCGAGAUCUGAAGUCCCCAAAUCUUUUGGUUGAUAAGAACUGGAAUGUUAAGGUAUGCGAUUUUGGGUUGUCAAGGUUGAAGCAUAACACGUUUUUAUCAUCCAAAUCAACUGCUGGAACGCCGGAAUGGAUGGCUCCUGAAGUUCUCCGCAAUGAGCCUUCAAAUGAGAAGUGUGAUGUUUAUAGUUUUGGUGUCAUCCUAUGGGAGCUUGCCACUUUAAGGUUGCCAUGGACUGGGAUGAAUCCUAUGCAAGUUGUUGGUGCCGUAGGUUUCCAAAACCGUCGCCUUGAAAUUCCUAAGGAAGUUGAUCCAUUAGUUGCAAGAAUAAUCUGGGAAUGUUGGCAACAGGAUCCAAAUUUGCGCCCCUCGUUUGCACAGCUCGCAGCGGCUCUAAAGCCCUUGCAACGUCUGGUUAUCCCAUCUUAUCAAGACACUGUAGCUUCACCUCUGCCUCAGGAGAUUUCUGUAAAUUCUACCCCAUGAAAAAUAUCCCUUUUCUCAAGUGUGAAUAACUAGGAUUUCUGCAUAUUACUUAUAUGCGUAUAAAGAUAACAAGAAAAAUAAAAGGAAAAAAAAAUAUCAGCAAAACUUGGUAAGACAAAGUUUCAAUUAUUGAGGAAUUCAUCAAAUUAUCAAUAGCUGCUGCAGCUAAACAACUGUGGAGUGAUUUUUGUAUUGUGUUGAUAGCUUGCCUGAGGAAUCAAAACUCGGCAAAUAUAAUGUGUAAAUUACUGUACUCAAGUUCUUGUAAAGAGAAAAGGUCUCAAAAUUGAUCCGACCAAAAAGAUGUCUCAAUUGAUGUUUUGCCGGGAAAAUCUUGAAUUUAGUGAAGUAGUUUGUGUUUGAUAUUUUAUCUAGUAAUGGUGUACUGCAGAAAAAGUAUUUACCAUCCAUUUUCCUUGUUGAGGUUAGAUUACCAUGAAGAAAUAAAGUAUAUUUUUACAAUAA